UGCUCCGCUCUGUAGAGAUAUGUAGAGAGGGAGAAGGGGACAGAUUGCUAGCCAGCUAGCUUGGAUUCUAACGAUUAUAGAAACGUGGAUAUGUUGCACAGGGGCGGCUUUAUUUCAGAGGCCUGGACCGGUCGUUUUUAAUUUAACAAUCUGACAUUUUUGUUUUGAUUGUAGCCAACCAUCGCGCGGUGUAGCCACCACAUUACAGCAGCGCCAGCCAGAGUCCGUCUCCUAAACAAGAAUGGGGUCUAGGUCCACAGCACUGCUUAGGUAAAGUGACCUUUGGUUGUGUUCUAUAAAUGGCCAAUUUGAUGAAUUACCAAGAAAACAAAGCCGCUAUGUUGUUGGUGGAGACGCAACAGAGGGGCAUCGGGACGACACCAGCGGCUACGGCAGCCAACGGCUACACCUCAAUUGGGGAACCCCCUUCCCCGUUAUUGAAUAUCUGCGGUGGUAGUGGAGCUCGUUUUCAUCAGCACAUGCCGCCCUCCAACCACCACAGCCACCAUCACUACCCCCAGAGCUCGCUGCCCAAAGAACAACGCCCGCUGUUGCACCACUAUCCGGCGGCGACACAGCAGCAUACUCUCUCUGGUGAAAACAUCCCAGGGUCCCCGGUAAGGAAAGCCUCGUUGUCGUCAUUGAACCUGGUACAUGAGGACCCCUCUGCUAGCCACCACGCACUCGCUGCAUCGGUGAACGCGGCGUCGGCUGCAAUUCAAUUGGCUGCGAAUGCUAACGUUAGCGUCGCUACCUCAGGGGUCAUGGACGACAUUCGGAAGUGUGGCUACCUACGGAAACAGAAGCAUGGACACAAGAGGUUUUUCGUUCUGAGGGUGGCGAGCCACCUAGGCCUCAGCCGGCUGGAGUACUAUGACAGCGAUAAAAAAUUCCGCAGUAGCCUCCGGUCUUCAGCAGCAGCCCCGAAACGGGUGAUCUAUCUGUAUCAGUGCUUCACCGUCAACAAAAGAGCGGAUUCCAAGAACAAACACCUCAUAGCCCUCUACACUAAGGAUGAGUACUUUGCCAUUGUGGCUGAAAACGAGCAGGAGCAAGAGGACUGGUAUGUAGCCCUGAGUGAACUAAUGAGUGAGGGGAAAAAGGGGCAUCUAGACUCUGACGAGUUGGAUGAUGGCUAUGGUACAGUCACACCAGGUACGGUUUUCAAAGAGGUGUGGCAGGUGAAUGUGAAACCCAAAGGUCUGGGUCAGACCAAGAACCUCACAGGUGUGUAUCGAUUAUGCCUCUCUUCUAAAACUAUCCAUCUGGUCAAACUAAACUCUGAGACACCGUAUGUCAACCUCCAGCUAAUGAACAUCAGACGAUGUGGACACUCAGAAAGCUUCUUCUUCAUCGAGGUGGGUCGGUCAUCCUCCAUAGGACCAGGGGAGAUAUGGAUGCAGGUAGAUGACUCUGUUGUGGCUCAGAACAUGCACGAGACCAUCUUAGAGACCAUGAAGGCUCUGAAGGCCUUCGCAGAGAUCCGCCCUAGGAGUAAAAGCCAAUCAUCGGGCUCCAACCCCAUGGCGUUCAUCACCACCCGCCGUCACCUAGGCAACCUGCCGCCGAGCCAGACGGGUCUCCAGCGCCGCUCCCGGACCGAGUCGGCGGUCGGUACGCCACCAUCGAGUAAGAGCUCCGGUGCCAGUGGCUACCGCUUCAGGACGUCAAGUGAAGGUGAAGGGACGAUGAACCGGCCAUUCCGGUCUGUUACCGGCAGCCUGAUCCACCUGAACACCGCCCGGAUACACCUAGGGCGCCAGGAGGGUGGGGGAGGGGCAGGGAACACCGGGGGAGGAGGGCGCUACGCCAGGGCGCUACCGGGCUCCAACAGCCACACCCGCUCCGCCUCGCUCCCCGUCUCCCACUUCUCCUCCACCACCUCCCCUGUUAGUGUGUCCAGCAGCAGCGGUCACGGCUCAGUCUCUGACACCCUCACCCGGCCCUCCAGCUCGUCCAUAUGCGGCUCCCCCUCUGACGGAGGCUUCAACUCCUCAGACGAGUACGGCUCAAGCCCCGGAGACUUUCGAUACUUCCGAGUCCGUAGCAACACACCCGAUUCGCUGGGCAACACCCCACCAAUCAGAGAAGAGAACUGCCUGAGUGACUACAUGGCCAUGGGCUGGCACCGCGAGGUGUUUGGAGCGGGCGGCGUGAGUAGCUCUGGCGGUGCCGAGGCCCCCCACCGGGACGAGAGCACGUCGACGGACGAAGACCGGUCUCUGAGGCGGCGGACACACUCAUUCACGCGGCCCGGCAGUCAGGGUGGUGUUGCCGGCGGUAGCAGCUGCGUGGCUGUGUACCAGAAGAUGACCCAGACCACCUUCUCACAGGACGAGUUGGUGUCUGUGGAAGAGGCUCUGUCUCUGGGACGCACCGGCAGCAGCAACCAACCUUCCUCCACCUCGUCCUCCCUCCGCUCCGACUACAGCUCCUGCUCCGAGCACAGCCAGGGCAGACCCCCUCCUCUUUCCUCCUACCCCUCCUCGGCCAAGGAGGACAGUGGCUAUAUGCCCAUGUUGUGUGGGGUGGCAGCCUCACCCCGUGACACCCCGGAUUACAUGCCUAUGCAACCUAGCUCCCACUCUCAUCCCCAUCACCACUCUCUCUCACACCCUCCCCAUCCCCAGCCCUCCCACUCCCCCCAGGCCUCUAGCCCAGCCUUGGCCCCACGCUCGGCCCACCAGCUCCAACAACACCAGCCUACGGACCCCCAGGGCUACAUGAUGAUGCUACCAGGGGGACCGAGCUCCUCUUCUCCAGUCCAGGCCUCCCCAAGUCCCCACAGCAGUAGCAGUAACAUGGGUCUGGGUGUCGGUAGUUCUGGUAGUAUAGUGGAGCGGCCUGAGACUGGAGAGUACAUGGACAUGUCGUACAGCAGUGGAAGAGGAGGGAACGCGACAGGAGGACGGAAGCUCUCCAAUGAAGGAGGAUACUACACACUGAGCAACCCUGAAGGUACUCCUAAAUCAUACAGUCCCUACUUCUCCUUGCCUCGCUCCUACAAGGCCCCCGUCGCCAGAGAUGGUGAACAGAGAAAAUGGGAGCAUGAGGAAUACGUGCCUAUGAGCUCCCCGGCUAAACCCAUCUACUCCCAGGUCACUGGCGUUACGACAAAGGGUUUCAGUAGUGGGGGGUCAGACGCCCACCACCCCCCGCCCUACGGUGCCCACCACCAAGCAGCUCGAGGUGACCGACGAACGACUGCGGUUCGGCCCAACCGCCUCCCCUUGGGCCGCCACAGCGUCCAUGGGUCGCUGAGGGUUAGUGAGCCAGCUGCUGCCGAGGGACCCUCCAGCCCCGGCGAGUACAUCAACAUCGAGUUUGGGGAUCCCUACGGACCCCUCACAUCCUGCCCUCUCUCUGACCAGUACGUCUCACCCUCGAUGGGCUCUGCCGAGCAGCGUCACUCCCCUCCCCAGAACCAGGACUAUAUGAGUGUAGUGGUUGGAGGUGGGCGUGAUGAUGGUUGCUGCCUGACUAAGAACCAGUCUCCCAGACCCUCUCUGGUGGCCCCAUGGAAUCCACCCAGCUACAUUAGACCGCUGACUGCCAAUUCCUCCCUGAGCGGAUCUCCUGGCUCUUCUGGCGCUCACUGGCGGACGGGAACAGAUGACUACACAGAUAUGACCUUUAACCUUAGCAAAGAUGAGGGGUCGCGGGGGUCACAGAGUAGCCCCACAGCUAUGCUGCAGCACCUGUGUGUGAUGGAGGGCCGGUACCCCCCUACCUUACUCCCCCACACCAUCAGCCCGCCCUCAUCCUUCAUUCCCCAGCCUGAGCCCCCCAAAGUGGUACGUGCUGACCCCCAGGGGAGACGCAGACACAGCUCUGAAACCUUCUCCUCCACCCCCGGAGGAGGCAGACCCACAAGCUCCACCACCGGCACCAAUCCCCCCUCGGGCUCAGCCAACCCCUCGGCCAUCAACGGAGCUCUCCCGGCCAAGGGCUCCAAGUGGGCCAGCUCUGGCUCCUUUGAUAGCGUGUGGAUGUGUGUGGAGGGGAUAGGGGUAGAUUUGGCUGGUUUCCCUGCCCAGCCUGGGCCCUCUGAUCUGGGCAUGGAGUCAGCCUCCUCUGGGGGCCCUCCUGGAGGACAUAUGUGCAGAAAUGGGUCUGUGGGAUAUCAGAACGGCCUCAACUACAUUGCCCUGGAGCUGAGAGAGGACCAGGAAUCUAACACACUCCCCAUACCGCAGCAGCAGGGGGGAACCGGGCCGACACCCAAUGCCCCCUCAGCUGGUAAUGUGACUGUGCCGGUAGCGGAGAACAACGGCGCCUAUGCCAGUAUAGACUUCACCAAGUCAGACGGGAUGACUGCCACGUUCACGGAAUGAAGCUGGAUGGAGGGAUCUGAUCUGAGAUGGGGUUUCUGUGGUGUACCCCUCUAACUACAUCCCUCCACCGCCACCCUUUGACCUCGACCCCAAGGCUGGCCCUCUGCCACCACCCUUCAACCUCGACCCCAAGGCUGGCUCACAAGGUCACGCCCCCUUUGAACCACAACACCACGAAGAUGAAGACGGAAGGCGCUCGCAUUUUAGUCUUCAUAUAUAUAUAUAUAUAUAUAUAUUUAUUAUUUUUUGUGUUUUUUUUCUGUUUCGUCAGUGGCUGGUUUUGACGCUGCUCUCUCUCGUCGUUAAAGGACUUUAGAUAUAAAAACAUUAUUUCUGAUCUACAGCACAAAAAGGGAGCUUCGCUCAAACAUGGUAUCGCUGUAAGUUAAUAAUAAUAAUAAUAGCCAAAUAAUAAUACAACUCUUAGACUGGGUUGAGACUGGUCAGUAGAGUUUACUCUAAAGUAUUACUCUUAUCUUAGAGUUUACUCAUCUUCUCACUGAGAAACUGCUACAUGUAUUUAAAGCCACAUAGUGCAUUUGUUAUCCUGACAUGGUUUAUUUAGUAUUUUUCUAUUAGCAGAAAAGGGUACUGGACUCGACGAUAGUCCCAAUAUUUUCCAUAGAAGACGCAAGUACUUUAUUUCCACUCAAGGGCCUUAUUAGCACAGGUCUGGCUCACAGAUGUAUGGAGAUAUAUACACAUACACACUUUCACUUGUCUGUGCUCUUUAGGCUACAGUCAGGGCCGUAACCAAGGUUUUUGUGAGGUCUGGAUUUUUUUGAGGGGGUGGGCGUUGAAGCUCAUUUACUGCAUUUCUGUACAAUUCAAAAAAAACUAUUUGUAGAACAGCAAAACAAGCAAAAAUGACCACCGCUAUUAUCACCUUGGCUGCUGUAGGUUCAUUCAUUCACCUCAGUCGAUCUACAAACGUAUAUUAGCUAUACAAUUGUAAUGUUAUAUCCCUGAAAGGGGGGUGAAAUAGGAGGAAUGAUUCAAACUGACACAGCAUCGGCGACUGAGUCAGUUGUAAUGAUGAAUUGCAGAAAAUCACAUUUUUACUUCUCUUUUCUCAAAUUACAUAGCAUUAAUGUUUGUAUCCCUAGGCAUUACUAAUCAAGCUCUGCACAAACGCAUCAAAGGAGCACACCGAUCGUAUUAUCACAUGCACAUGAAUUAUUAGUAUAUUAUGAUUCUGUUAUGAUUCUGAUAUCAGUGAUGUAGUGGUAAAUAAAAAAAGUUCUCAUUUACCAAUAUAAAUGAGAACGUAUGUCAUUUUUAGUGUACUGUAUUUUCAUUUCGAUUCGAAUGUAAUGUCGGCCUAGGCCUGUAGGGAAGAUGGGCCAUGUGGAGAUGUUCAUAUUGAAACAUAUAUAUUUUAAGUUCCUAACCUGUUUAAAAGAUUAGUACAGAUUUUUCUCAGGGGGGCCCAGACCCAAGUUUGGGAACCACUCCUCUGCUUCCAUUGCAGCCUGCCUCAACCUUAACACUUGAGUGCCACAUCACUGUCUGUUUCAGUAGCCUACUCUCUGUAAAGCAAAGUUAUUGUGAGAUCUUAACCUAUUUUUUUGUUUUUUGCUCCUGUUGAGGUCGGCUUCGUUUAACAUUAGCUUAAUCCUUCUAGCUGGUCCUCGGCCUGUGCCACAAGAGGGCAAAGUUAGCCGUUUGAGAGCGUGGUGAAUGUGCUGCUAAAAAGGAAAAUCCGGGGAGGCAAAUCCAGGGGACGCAGGCGAACAUAACGAACAAACCACUGUUCCUGAUUCCACUCGUUCGCAAAGAAGCCGGCGUGAUUUAAAAACAGCCAGAUCAAGAAUGUAAGUGUUCUGAGCUUUGAUCAAUGCUGAAAGCAAUAUUCAGAUAUUGACCCAUAAUAUAUUAUUUUUAUUAGAAAGAAAAUGAGAGGUCCGGACCGCUGUGUCCUCAUGCAGUUACGGCCCUGGUUACAGUGACUGACCACACACACGAUGCCCCCUGUUGCAGUGACUGACCACACACACGAUUCCCCUGUUGCAGUGACUCCACUAAUCCACCAGUAAGUGUGCUGGGUGACACACGGGGCUGGGGUGACGUUAGGGGUUCCAGUAACCUGACUCUACACCCCCCCCCCCCCCCCCCCCUCCCCCAAGGUGCAACAUACACACACCGCUGCCAGCCCCUAACUUCCCUGGUUACGCACCGCUGGACCCCUCCCAUUGCCAAGCAUGUAGGCUGGCUGUAGUGAGGGAGAGAUCGCAGGGGAGUGAGGGUCUAUUCUCGGCCUAAACUGGGAGCCACAAGAACCAGUUCAGAGAGGUUUUCAGGAUAUGACAGUAAGGCACAACUAAGGCCAAAUACGUUGUCUAAUAUGUUGCUUGGAAUUUGUGUGCCAUUUAACAGAGGAGUGAUCAAUUUACCAUCCUAACUGAAAGACCGCUGUAGGUUUUCCUCUUAAUUUUCUUUCAGUAUUUUGACUCGUGUGCCAUGCCUUUUAAAAAUAUUUAUAUAUAUCCCUAAAAAAAAUGUACCCUCCUGUCUCCCUUCUGAAAGGCUGGAAGCAGUGAGUUCUACUAGAGUACUGUUGUGUAUUUUUCUGUGCAUUCUCUGUCAUCCUUUUAUAUAGUUAACCCACUCUAUGGGUGUAGGUGGGAGGAAUGGGGGGGACAGAGGGAGAUGAUGUUAGUGGCACUAUCGAUUGCGUGACUGGAGUGUUCAUUUUAUUCGCUCGCCUGAUUAUUCCCUCGCUUCCUUCCCCCUCUUUUUCUAGAUCCCUUAGUCAUUUGAUAUGAUGACUGAACCAAAAUGUCAGUGAGAAGAAAAUAAAAAAGAGCUUGAUGCUUGUUAGGAAAGGGGGGGGGGUUAGAAGGGCUCAAAAGUAUCAUGGUACGUCUUGUCGGUGUGUUAACUAAUGUAUGAAGAUGAUUGAUGAUGAUAUAUUUGUUGGUGCAGAAUAAUGGACUGUGGAAAAGGUUGACACCCACCCGAGCAAAAAAAAACAACCCGUCAGAUCCCAUUUGGUACAACCAAUGUCUUAUAUGGUACUGUUGCGGUGCACAGAACCUACUGUUACUGUAUGUUAUGGAAAAUGAACCGUUACUAUACCUACCCAAGGCUGAAACCAUAGAACUAGAAUCCUCAUCAUUCUAAUUCUGUGGUUGGAACACGUUUUAAAGGCUGUACUAUGAUUUUAUUUCUUUUUUUGGUUACGCUGCAGCGCUUUUCAGCUAUUAGAUUUGAACAAUACAAAAGCUUUAUUUGGCAAGACUUUCUGUGAUUUAAGAAGUCUUACUUAAUCAAUUAAAUAAAAAAUAGGCUUGAUUAUCGAUACUCACAUCAGCCUGGUUCAGUUCUGUACUAUUUGGUGGAUGAUGAUUCUACUUUGUUCUGUUGAUAUAUUAUAGGCCAAUAUGGUCGGGUCCCACACUUCUUACUAUCGAUGUAUUGGACAUGCAUUCUCAGUAGUGUGCUAGUGUGGAUGUUGGAACAGAGCCGUAGAGUUUUGAGUAAACAAUAACAACAAACCCUUUUUAGGAAAUAAUGGGGGAAAUUCUAACUACAUAAUAUAUUACAGAGGAACUACACGGUACUGCAUAAAUAAAUGUGCAACAGUAUUUUUAUUUUUGUUUAUCUACUUCAUAGAAAGGGCAGAAGUUAAAUCUCCAUAGUUUUUUGGGUGUUGUGUUGAUACUUUUGAUUGAACACUUAAAGACGGGGUUUAAAAUUAUUUUUAAGCUAAACGGAGACAGUGGGAUAAACUUGUUUUCAAGAGUAUGACGAUGUAGACACUUAGCAGUUUUGUAAAAAAAAAAAAAAAACAGAAAAAUAAAAAAUAACCUCUGCCUGAUGUUUUUGUAACUUACUAUUUUAUUUGCUGCUGUGUAGUAUUACAAAAUAACCAGUUUGAAUGCGGUUGAUCUGAUGGCAACCAUGACGGUGUCAUUUUCAUUGCUACCCGUGUUUUCUUUCAGAACUUAAUGGCAUUGUCAUUUAGCUUUAUGGAACAGACAGUUCUUCAUACGGUGGAGGUGUUAAUCCUCAUAUGUGCAUUAUAUUUCUCUGCAACGUAUGUCCUUAAGGGGGGAAAAAAGGUGUUAAAACAACAAAAAAGAAGAGAAAUUAUUUAAAUAUGAUAGUAUUUUUUUCAUGUUAAUUGCGCCUCUUUCUUUUCUUUUUUUUCUCUCUCACUUCAGGGGAGAUGGGGUCCUAAUGGAGGAAUUUGGAGCAUAGUGUUUAUAUUUAUCCAACUUUUUUGCUUUCAAUAGAGCUAUUGCAAUAAAAGUGUUAAUGUACAUCUUA